CACGUGCACCUGCAACGAUCUCCUCUCAAGUCAUAGCACAAGUGUAUAUAUAUUCCUAUUUUGAAAAUGGCACCCAUUCAGAUGGAAAAGUCCUACGUGAAAGUGUCCUCCACACCCGCUGCAAAGUGCUCUCGGCAGGCAAGGUCAAGCAGCAGGUCAUGGGAUGUGAUCCUUCCUAUCAGUCGCAGAGGAAGCUUCUUCCAAGACUCGUUUUUCUCUGACAUACACAAGGAUUUUGACUCCUCCGUCAGGGAGGUGUUGGCCAGAUGGAGUGACGAAGACCUGAAAGUGAAAGACUUCCGCCGGGAUGAUAUUAUGAACCGUUACAGACAGCUUCGAUCUCGUAACCUAAAUGAAGGGAACCAGGCUGUCACAGUCACAUCUGACAACACAAGUCAUAAGAUUGUGCUGGACGUGCAUGACUUCAUGUGUGGAGAUGUGAGAGUAAAAGUGUUGGACGAGGAGGAGUUGUUAGUGGAAGGACACGUGGAGAAGAAGGAGGAAGGAAGCUCAUCCGUCUCGUCACACUCCUUCAGACGCUACUUCUCUUUGCCUCAACACACAGACAUGACAGCGAUUACGUCCGUCAUGUCUGCAGAUGGUAUCCUCACAGUCACUGCGCCAAAAAUAAAAACAGAAAUGACAAAGGAAAAUGCAAUCAGUCAAACUUCCGCUUCGAAUCAUCAUGAGAAAGUCGGCGAAACACGAAAACAAACAGCCUCUGAACACUUGUCUUCUACACGAAAAGAAAGCUGUUCGUGUGAUCUUGGUUUCAAAAGAACAGCUGAUUCCUCUGGGUUUGACUACGGUUCGUGGGACACAUCCUUGCCCAUCACUCGAAGGGGAGGCUUCUUCCAGGACUCCUUCUUCUCCGGUACACAUCGCGACUUCGAUGCCUCCAUCAGGAAGGUCCUCAAUGGCUGGAAUGACGCCGAUCACCAGCUGGCGGACUUCUGGGACGAUGACGACUUCCACCGCAGCGACAGACUGGGCCGCUACAGACAGCUUCGAUCGCGGAACCUGUGGAGUGACAACCAGGCCGUUACAGUUACUUCAGAUAACAUUAGUUAUAAGAUCUUGGUGGAUAUGCAUGACUUUGUGGAUGGAGAUGUGAAGGUGAAGUUGAUGGGCGAGAAGGAGCUGUUGGUGGAGGCCCAGUCGGCCAGGUCCUCGCACACCUUCACACGCACCUUUUCCUUGCCUGAGUCCACUGACAUAACGUCCAUCACGUCUGUCAUGUCGUCAGAUGGCAUCCUUACAAUCACUGCGUCCAAGAAGGAGAGUGAAACACAACAGAAGACUACUGUCAUCCCCAUUAAUGUCAAGGAAACGCAUAAUGCUUCAGAAGUUCACAGCUCAACUUCCUCGACGACCUCGGGAGUUUCUGAGGAAACAGCAUCUGGCCAAGGAAUAUCCCACACAGCCCAAGAGGAGGAACGCAAAUACGCACGAUGCUUUCAGGAGAAUAUCGACGAGGACAAGACCCAAACUGCAACUUCCAAUAUCUCAAGCAACACCCAACAAUCAUCACAGAAGGAAUCGUCUGUCAUCACAGAUUUUGUUUCCACAAGACUUUCCGACUCGCUGGGAGCAAAGAAAACUCUUGGGAAUAAGCAAGAAGACUCCUUGCCCAUCACGAAGAGAGGAAGCUUCUUCCAAGACUCAUUCUUCUCCGACAUACGCCAAGGCUUCGACGCCUCUGUCAGGGAAAUCUUGAAGAAAUGCAAUGACUCCGAUCUGACGGUGACAGACGAUGUCAGUCACAGUGACAUCUUGAGCCGCUACAGGCAGCUUCGAUCUCGAGACAUGAGGGAAGAGGACCAGGCCUUCUCCGUCUCGUCAGACAGUGCUAGCCUCAAGAUCGUGCUUGACGUGUAUGACUUCAUGCGCGGAGACGUCAAGGUGAAAGUCGUAGACGAGAAGGAGCUGGUGGUGGAAGGACGCGUAGAGAAGGAGGAAGGAAGUUCAUCCGUCUCGUCACACUCCUUCAGACGCCGCUUUUCCCUGCCUCACCACACUGACAUGACACACAUUACUUCUGUCAUGUCUUCAGAUGGUAUCCUCACAAUAACUGCUCCCAAAACGGCAGGAGAACCACAGCAAAACACGCACGUUAACUUCUCCAUGACUGAGGAAAGGAAGGAAUCAACGGUUCAAGACUUAACACCUAAGGCACUCUCGUCCACGACGGAGAAAAAUAUCUCCGUUCACGAGAAUCUUGUCAAUGUAGAUCAGAAGGACUUUGAGUGCGAACAAAAACACAUGUACGAGAACAAGAUGAGAAAGCUGGAGAAAGAAUUUGAAUUUCCUGCUGAAUCCAAGGAAGUUUUAAAGCCCAAGAUCUGUCAAAAUCAGUCUGUGGAUGAGUCUACAACUGCUUCUGUCCAUGAACAUGGAAACGAUGCCAAUAAUCAGGAUCAUGAACUCAAACGACUGACUGAAACAUUCAAAUCAACAAUCACUGAGAAAGCCUCUUGUGAUGACUUUAUUUCUGAAGAACAACAAACUUCCAUGCAAUCUGAAUCUGAGUCAACAGAAGCCAUCAAACUGCGCGAAGAAAUCUUGCCCAUCACUCAAAGAGGAAGCUUCGUUCAGGAUUCCUUCUUCCUCGAUGUCCACCAAGAGUUCUACACUGCCAUCAGAGAGGUCCUGAAGAAGUGGGUUAGCGCAGACAGUGAGGACUUCCUUAGUCUAAGUCACAGCGAUAUUCUGGUCCGCUACAGACAGCUUCGAUCCCGUGAAUUGAGGGAAGAAACUCAAGUCUCUAUCGUCACGUCCGACAACACUAGUUACAAGAUCGUGUUGGACGUCCAAGACUUCCUGAAUAGGGAUCUGAAGGUGAAGGUGGUGGGCGAGACGAAGGUGGUGGUAGAAGGACGUGUGGCGAAGAGGGAAGAAGGAAGCUCAUCCGUGUCCUCAUGCUCCUUCCGACGCUGCUUCUCCUUGCCAGAGUAUAUUGACAUGACAAGCAUCACGUGCAUCAUGUCUUCUGACGGCAUACUCACAAUCAUCGCUUCAAAAAUGCCAGAAGAAUCGGAAGAAGACAAAGUGGUCAGCUCCAUUGAGGAAGUUCAAGAAUCCUCUGAAGUUCAACGCUCGGUAUCCCCAACUAAUGAAACAAUCUCUCUCCAUGAGGAAUGUGAAAAGGCAAGCAAAGAAACAUAUGACUGCAUGGAUUCUAUGGCAGAAGAUACGAGCAUUGAGUUCGAAGAUGUAAAGACUCCACUCUCUGAAGAAAUGUGUCACUCAGUGAAAUCUGAGACAGCUCAACAGUUCCUUCUGUCGACUGAUUCUGCAGCAACAUCGAGUCAUGAUACUGAUUUCGGCAUUGUAGAAACUCAAAAUCAGAGCAAAGAGACUAUUGGCACACUAGAAUCUAUUGUAACUGAAGAAGCGAUGGCUGAUGAUUCAGCUUCUGUGUCUUACUCUGAGUCUUCAGAAAUUAAAGAAGCUUCCCUAUGUCGCCGAAGUUCGAUUGGCUUGAAUGAAACGUUUGGUGAUAAUUCUGAAUCACGUGACUUUGGAACUUCCCAGGAUUCUGUUCCUUCUGUCAUUCCCGAAGAAGAAAACGAAUCUGAAACUGUUGGAGUCCUUCAUCUUGAAGACUCCCAACAGGCAAUUGAAAUUCUUGACCUGAAUGACUCACAGGAAUCUGUUAGCAUUCUUGAUGCAAAGGAUUCAGAAGCUGUUGAAAUACUUGAUCUGAAAGACUCACAGGAAUCUGCUGACAUUCUUCAAGUGAAAGGUUCAGAAGCUGUUGAAAUUGUUGAUCUGACAGACUCACAAGCAUCUGUUGACAUUCUUGAUACAAAAGGCUCAGCUGUUGAAAAUCUUGACCUGAAUAGCUCACACGAAUCUGUUGACAUUCUUGAUGUACAAGACCUACAGGAAUCUGCUGACAUUGUUGAGGUGAAAGGUACAGCUGUUGAAAUUCUUGGUCUGACAGACUCACAACAAUCUGUUGACAUUCGUGAUGUGAAAGACUCACAUGAAUCUAUUGACAUUCUUGAAGUGAAAGGCUCAGAAGUUGUAGAAAUUCCUGAUCUUAAAGAUUCCCAGGAAUCUACGGAAAUUUUGCAUCAAAAGGAUUCAGAGGAAGCUGCUGAAAUAUUUGAUCUGAAAGAUUCAGAAGCUGUUGAAAUUCUUGAUCUUAAAGAUUCCCAGGAAGCUGUUGGCAUUCUUGAUGUGAAAGAUUCACAGGAAGCUGUUGCUGAGGCUCAGAAUACAUCCAAAACUCAGAACUCAAAGUCUUCAAGCACUUUGGACGAUGUCACUGAGGAUGCCGUACCUGUGCAAGAAAGGUCCAAACCAGUUUCUGAGGAAACGCUCGACAGUAAAAUGAAUCAGUUGGCAGCAACUGAGAAUUGCACAGAUUCCCUUCAGUCAUCCGGAGAUACUUGUACCUAUGAAAGGGAAGUCAUCGAUACUCUUGGGCAGCUGAAACUUAAAGAGACGACUGAAACUGUACGUACAGAAGAGUCUACAGAAACUGGUGAAUCCUUGAAAGGAAUGAGAAGCGUUCACAGAGAUUCGCCAGAAGAGCUGUUGCUCAUCACCAAAAGAGGAAACUUCUUCCAAGACUCAUUCUUCCUUGACACUCACCAAGACUUCAGUGCCGCUCUCAGGCAGGUGUUGGACAGGUGCAAUGAAGAAAACUUUGAGAACAUUAACCUCUGUUACACCGAUAUCCUGGAACGCUACAGACAGCUUCGAUCUCGCGAUCUGAAGGAAGAAAAUCAGGCUGUUAUCGUUACAUCAGACAAGUCUUGUCUAAGGAUAAUUAUGGACGUUUAUGAGUUCAUGAGUGGAGAUAUACAAGCGAAGGUCGUUGAUGAGAAAGAGUUAGUCAUUGAGGGACGUGUGGUGAAGAGCGAAGGAACCUCAUCCGAGACCUCUCACUCCUUCAGACGCCGCUUCUCUCUUCCGCAAUAUACUGAUAUCACUUCUGUUAUGUCAUUAGAUGGCAUCCUCACAGUUACUGUGAUCUUUAAGGAAGGAAAUGUCGAGCUAAAUACAGCUAAAAAGAUUGAGGCAAAAUGCAACAUUACAAAAGAAAUUAACUCAAAAUCACCUUCACUUUCUGCUGAAAAGCAUGUGCUUGAGGCGAAGGCUGAAAAUCAUGAUAGAUUGAACAAGAAUGUGACAUUACAGUCACAGGAAACUCGAGAUUUCACGUCGGGGACAGAGAGGUCCAAACUUGAUUCCAACUUCGAGGACAACAAUAGACUGAGACGCUAUGGACGAGGUUAUAACAGGGAGUCUGAAGAAAGCAACAGAUAUAACGUCACCGAAGACACAAGUAUGGGAACGUCCUCUCGUUUCUCGAGUGUUUCUCAGUGUAGCUCCGCAUUGAAGUCUUUUCCAGUGACGAGGAAAGGACUGUUCUUCUCCGAUUACUUUUUCCGAGACACAAGGGAGGGAUUUCCAGAAAGCCGUAAGGGAAAUCCUGAACAAAUGGGGAGAGAAGUCGUCUUCCGGUGACGAGAUGACUUGCUACAGAAAACUACGAGCACGAAAUAUGAGGGAAGAUAAUCAGGCAGUGACGUCUUCGGAAGAUGAACGUCAUUAUAAGUUCGUCAUUGAUGUCCAAGACUUUAUGGACGUUGGAGAGAUCAGCGUGAAGGCUGUGAACGAGCGAGAGUUGGUGGUUGAAGGUCACUUGGAGAAGAAGGAAGACGGUUCGAAGUCCAACAAGCGGUUCCUUCGUCGG